GUAGCGAUAGUUUGUCAAAGCGCGUUAGGAGGGAGAAAAGAAAGUCAAGGGUUGUAGUUUUUUUUGUGUCUUUUUCAAGAAAUAAGUUUGGACAUGAAAGCACUCAAGUGGUAGAAAAGUCAUCUGAAUCUUUUCUUCCACCCCGAGUGUGCGGCAUCAUGAAGCCACUGCUGCGCUCCGGCGUCUCUCUGUGGACUCUGCUGCUCUUCAGCGCUCUGCUCAAGAUCUCUGAAGCACAAUGUCCCCUUAUUAAAUGUGAAAGCAAUGUAACAGAAAAUGUAACAACAACCACAACGAAUGUCACAUUUGAACUUACACCAAACUGCAACUUAUCCAUUGAGGGCGUCCCCUCUGGAAGUGGUUCAAUAACUAAUUUGACUCCUGGAGCAAUCUAUGAAAUCAACUUUGGCUGUUUGAACUGCUGCAAAAGUUUCACAACGAAGCCUGAAGCUGUCAAUAAUCUCAAUGUCACUGAAAUCACAACAUCCUCUGUUUUUCUGAACUGGACUGAACCAGAGGGAAAGAGAUCUUUCUAUAGAGUACAGUGGACUGAUGGAAAUGUAAAGGAGAGUGACAAUGUGUCUCAAACACAUAUAAAUAUUACUAACCUGACUGCUGGUGUCCAGUAUACAAUAACUGUUACUGCAGUGGCAGAUGACAACAUUACUGAAGGACAGAGUACAUCUGUAACUCAAUACGCAAAGCCUGAAGCUGUCAAGGAUCUCCCUGUCACUGAAAUCACAACAUCCUCUGUGUUUCUGAACUGGACUGAACCAGAGGGAAAGAGAUCUUUCUAUAGAGUACAGUGGACUGAUGGAUAUUUAAAUCAGAAUCGUAGUGUGAUCAGCACAUACAUAAACAUCUCUGAGCUGACUGCAGGAGAGCAGUACACUUUCACUGUCAUUACAGUGGCUGGAGAUCAGGAGACUUUAGGAGAUGCAAAGACAAUUUCACUGUAUACAAAGCCUGAAGCCGUCAAUGAUCUCCCUGUCACUGAAACCACAACAUCCUCUGUGUUUCUGAACUGGACUGAACCAGAGGGAAAGAUAUCUUUCUAUAGAGUACAGUGGACUGUUGAAAAUGAAAACAAGAGUGUCACUGUGAAUCAAACACAUAUAAAUAUUACUAACCUGACUGCUGGUGUCCAGUAUACAAUAACUGUUACUGCAGUGGCAGAUGACAACAUUACUGAAGGACAGAGUACAUCUGUAACUCGAUACACAAACCAUGAAGCUGUCACAAGUCUCACUUCCACUGAAAUCACAACAUCCUCUGUGUUUCUGAACUGGACUGAACCAGAGGGAAAGAGAUUGUUCUAUAGAGUACAGUGGACUGAUGAAAAUGAAAACAAGAGUGUCACUGUGAAUCAAACACAUAUAAAUAUUCCUAACCUGACUGCUGGUGUCCAGUAUACAAUAACUGUUACUGCAGUUGCAGAUGACAACCUUACUGAAGGACAGGGUACACCUGUAACUCGAUACACAAAGCCUGAAGCUGUCAAGGAUCUCCCUUUCACUGAAAUCACAACAUCCUCUGUGGUUCUGAACUGGAUUGAACCAAAGGGAAAGAGAUCUUUCUAUAGAGUACAGUGGACUGAUGGAAAUGUAAAGGAGAGUGACAAUGUGACUCAAACACAUAUACAUAUUACUAACCUGACUGCUGGUGUCCAGUAUACAAUAACUGUUACUGCAGUGGCAGAUGACAAAAUUACUGAAGGACAGAGUACACUUGUAACUCGAUACACAAAGCCUGAAGCUGUCAAGGAUCUCCCUUUCACUGAAAUCACAACAUCCUCUGUGGUUCUGAACUGGAUUGAACCAAAGGGAAAGAGAUCUUUCUAUAGAGUACAGUGGACUGUUGGAAAUGAAAACAAGAGUGUCAAUGUGACUCAAACACAUAUAAAUAUUACUAACUUGACUGCUGGUGUCCAGUAUACAAUAACUGUUACUGCAGUGGCAGAUGACAACAUUACUGAAGGACAGAGUACAUCUGUAACUCGAUACACAAAGCCUGAAGCUGUCAAGGAUCUCCCUUUCACUGAAAUCACAACAUCCUCUGUGGUUCUGAACUGGAUUGAACCAAAGGGAAAGAGAUCUUUCUAUAGAGUACAGUGGACUGUUGGAAAUGAAAACAAGAGUGUCAAUGUGACUCAAACACAUAUAAAUAUUACUAACCUGACUGCUGGUGUCCAGUAUACAAUAACUGUUACUGCAGUGGCAGAUGACAACAUUACUGAAGGACAGAGUACAUCUGUAACUCGAUACACAAAGCCUGAAGCUGUCAGGAAUCUCCUUGUCACUGAAAUCACAACAUCCUCUGUGUUUCUGAACUGGACUGAACCAAAGGGAAAGAGAUCUUUCUAUAGAGUACAGUGGACUGAUGGAAAUGAAAACAAGAGUGUCAAUGUGACUCAAACACAUAUAAAUAUUACUAACCUGACUGCUGGUGUCCAGUAUACAAUAACUGUUACUGCAGUGGCAGAUGACAACAUUACUGAAGGACAGAGUACAUCUGUAACUCGAUACACAAAGCCUGAAGCUGUCAUAAAUCUCACUUCCACUGAAAUCACAACAUCCUCUGUGUUUCUGAACUGGACUGAACCAGAGGGAAAGAGAUCUUUCUAUAGAGUACAGUGGACUGAUGGAUAUUUAAAUGAAAAUAGUGUCACUGUGAAUCAAACACAUAUAAAAAUUACUAACCUGACUGCUGGUGUCCAGUAUACAAUAACUGUUACUGCAGUGGCAGAUGACAACAUUACUGAAGGACAGAGUACAUCUGUAACUCGAUACACAAAGCCUGAAGCUGUCAAUGAUCUCCCUGUCACUGAAAUCACAACAUCCUCUGUGUUUCUGAACUGGACUGAACCAAAGGGAAAGAGAUCUUUCUAUAGAGUACAGUGGACUGAUGGAAAUGAAAACAAGAGUGACAAUGUGACUCAAACACAUAUAAAUAUUACUAACUUGACUGCUGGUGUCCAGUAUACAAUAACUGUUACUGCAGUGGCAGAUGACAACAUUACUGAAGGACAGAGUACAUCUGUAACUCUAUACACAAAGCCUGAAGCUGUCACAAGUCUCACUUCCACUGAAAUCACAACAUCCUCUGUGUUUCUGAACUGGAUUGAACCAAAGGGAAAGAGAUCUUUCUAUAGAGUACAGUGGACUGUUGAAAAUCAAAACAAGAGAGUCAAUGUGACUCAAACACAUAUAAAUAUUACUAACCUGACUGCUGGUGUCCAGUAUACAAUAACUGUUACUGCAGUGGCAGAUGACAACAUUACUGAAGGACAGAGUACAUCUGUAACUCAAUACACAAAGCCUGAAGCUGUCAAUGAUCUCCCUGUCACUGAAAUCACAACAUCCUCUGUGUUUCUGAACUGGACUGAACCAGAGGGAAAGAGAUCUUUCUAUAGAGUACAGUGGACUGAUGGAAAUGUAAAUGAGAGUGACAAUGUGACUCAAACACAUAUAAAUAUUACUGACCUGACUGCUGGUGUCCAGUAUACAAUAACUGUUACUGCAGUGGCAGAUGACAACAUUACUGAAGGACAGAGUACAUCUGUAACUCGAUACACAAAGCCUGAAGCUGUCACGAAUCUCACUUCCACUGAAAUCACAACAUCCUCUGUGUUUCUGAACUGGACUGAACCAGAGGGAAAGAGAUCUUUCUAUAGAGUACAGUGGACUGGUGGAUAUUUAAAUCAGAAUCGUAGUGUGAACAGCACAUAUAUAAACAUCUCUGAGCUGACUGCAGGAGAGCAGUACACUUUCACUGUCAUUACAGUGGCUGGAGAUCAGGAGACUUUAGGAGAUGCAAAGACAAUUUCACUGUAUACAAAGCCUGAAGCUGUCAGGAAUCUCACUGUCACUGAAAUCACAACAUCCUCUGUGUUUCUGAACUGGACUGAACCAGAGGGAAAGAGAUCUUUCUAUAGAGUACAGUGGACUGAUGGAAAUGUAAAGGAGAGUGACAAUGUGACUCAAACACAGACAAACAUUUUUAACCUAAUUCCUGGUGUCCAGUAUAAAAUAACUGUUACUGCAGUGGCAGAUGACAAAAUUACUGAAGGACAGAGCACAUCUUUUACUCCAUACACAAAACCUGAAGCUGUCACGAAUCUCACUUCCACUGAAAUCACAACAUCCUCUGUGUUUCUGAACUGGACUGAACCAGAGGGAAAGAGAUCUUUCUAUAGAGUACAGUGGACUGGUGGAUAUUUAAAUCAGAAUCGUAGUGUGAACAGCACAUAUAUAAACAUCUCUGAGCUGACUGCAGGAGAGCAGUACACUUUCACUGUCAUUACAGUGGCUGGAGAUCAGGAGACUUUAGGAGAUGCAAAGACAAUUUCACUGUAUACAAAGCCUGAAGCUGUCAGGAAUCUCACUGUCACUGAAAUCACAACAUCCUCUGUGUUUCUGAACUGGACUGAACCAGAGGGAAAGAGAUCUUUCUAUAGAGUACAGUGGACUGAUGGAAAUGUAAAGGAGAGUGACAAUGUGACUCAAACACAGACAAACAUUUUUAACCUAAUUCCUGGUGUCCAGUAUAAAAUAACUGUUACUGCAGUGGCAGAUGACAAAAUUACUGAAGGACAGAGCACAUCUUUUACUCCAUACACAAAACCUGAAGCUGUCACGAAUCUCACUUCCACUGAAAUCACAACAUCCUCUGUGUUUCUGAACUGGACUGAACCAGAGGGAAAGAAAUCUUUCUAUAGAGUACAGUGGACUGAUGGAAAUAUAACUCAAAGUGACAAUGUGACUCAAACACAUAUAAACAUUUCUACCCUGAUUCCUGGUGUCCAGUAUACAAUAACUGUUACUGCGGUGGCAGAUGACAAUAUUACUGAAGGACAAAGUACAUCUGUUACUCUAUACACAAAACCUGGUAAAAUCACGAAAGAUGUAGUGAACAUAACAACCUCCUCCAUCUCUCUGACCUGGACCUCACCUCCUGGUGAGGUGUUUAAGUACAAGGUGGAAUGGCAUAAUGGUGGAUUGCCGAUGUCCAGAGAAACAAAUUCUACCUCUGCUAUGCUAUCAGACUUGAUACCUGGCACCAACUACGCAAUCACAAUCAUUGCUUUUGCCGGAGAUAAUACAUCAGGAGAGCCUUACAUAUUCACUGUAGUCACAAAACCUGCUGUGGUCAGGAAUCUGACAGUCACUCAGGUCACAACAUCCUCUGUGUCUCUGAACUGGACUCAACCAGAGGGCAAUGCAUCCUCGUACAUAGUUCAGUGGACUGCAACAGCAGACAGCUUAAAUAGCACGACUACGGAUACGUACUUUACUAUUGAAGAUUUAACGCCUGGAUUCGUGUACAGCAUUUCAGUGACUGCUGUUGCUUCCUCAAAUGAAGGAGAAACGAUCACAAAAACUACCUACACAAGACCUGAAAAGCCUGUGAAUAUUAUGGUUGAAGAACAAGGAACUACUUACCUCAAUAUCAACUGGACUUUGCCUAAAGGGAGGGUUGAUCGCUAUAUGGUGAACAUCUCAAAUGAGCCAAGUAUUGAAACAACAGACAACAGGGCUAACAUUUCUGGUUUAAAACCCGGGAGACUCUUUGUCAUCACAGUGACCGCUGUGGCUGGAAACUUCUAUGACACGUCUGAGAAGACAUCUAUAGCCACUUAUCCCACACCUCCUGGUUCACCCACCGUUAGCGGUAGGACAAACUCUUCGCUCUCUCUGAAUUGGCAGACUCCUGCUUUGAUGGAGGACGUUCCAAACAUCAGCUACCAUAUCACCUACCAGCCAGAGGGAGGAGAAGUACUUACAGCAAAUUCCACCGUCAAUAACACAGAGCUGUCCCUGCUUUCCUCUGGAACUUCCUACAAUAUAACUUUGGAAACAGUUGGACCAGACAAUUUAAGGAGCGGAGUUGUCCUUAUUUCUGCUUUCACCCUUCCCAACCCUGUGUUCAAACUUAAGGCCAUCCCUAAAUCCACUACCUCAGUGGAAGUGACAUGGUCAUACCCGCCGGGAGCCCAACAGUAUUACAAAUACUUGGUUCAAACCUACAAUACUACGGGAUUUUUAAUUGAAAGCAUUACAGUCAACAGUAACAGCACUGUAGUACCAGACCUGGAGCCAGGAACAGGAUACAGUAUCAAUGUCACAACAAUAGCAGCAGAAAAUAUUGAAUCCACGAAGGAACAGACGUUCAGUUACACAAUGCCCAAAGCAGUGACCAACCUCACAGUGGAGAAUGUGAGCACGACAUCCAUCCGGCUGACGUGGCUCAGUCAAAGUGAUCACAAGCCUUCCUACUCCUACUGGGUGAUAGCGUACCAGGACGGCAUUAUGGUUCAGAAUAAGUCAACUGAAACUCAAAAUUACACCUUCUUUGCUCUGACCCCUGGAAAAUUCUACACUUUUAAUGUGUUUACAGUCGUAGAGAGGGUCAAGUCAGAAGUGGCAACAACAUCACAUUACACAAUGCCUGAAGUAGUUUCUGACAUCACAGCCUUAGGAAGCACAACUAAUAUGUCAGUGAGCUGGACGAUUGCAGCAGGGCAGGUGGACUCCUACACUGUCCGGCUAUACAGACAGUCAGACAGCCAGUCGGUGAAAAAUGUCUCGGAUCUGAGUAACUCUACUCAAAACACUCUGUUUAUGAACUUGACACCAGGAGUGGUUUACUGUGUGGUAGUGGUCACCGAGAGUGGGCCUUUUAAGAGUAUCUCUACAAGUGUUUGCAACGCAACAUUUCCCAACCCUCCUGGACCCAUCAUGGCGUCUCAGACUGUGAAUUCCAUCAACUUUACCUGGCCCCUGCCAGAGGACAUGGACCAUCAUCAGUACAACUUCAGUGUGUCCACCUCUAACGGCUCCUUUCUGACUGAAAACAACUGGUUCCCGCUGGACAGUCUUCAGUCUGGAAGCCCCUACAACAUCUCUGUUGUUACUGUAGGCGUGUUGAAAUAUGAGAGCACAGCAGUGACAGCAAAAAAAUAUACCAAACCAUAUCCUGUAACCUUGCUGCUGACUCAGACAGUAAUUACCACAGAUGCAGUGACAUUGGUGUGGGUGCAGCCAGAGAGCAAACCCCACUACUCAUAUGAGGUGCAGGUCUCCAACAGCUCCAUUUCUACAUCUAGGAAUGUCUCGAACACCACAUACACAAUCACUGGUCUUCUCUCUGGGAGCAACUACAUCUUCAUUGUCACUACACAGACCAAAGAUUUCACUCAGGCAGAUCCCGUGACAGUGUCCUACUUUACACGGCCAUAUAGUAUUCGUUCAUUGGAGGUUGAAACUUUAAACACAACUGCUAUAUACCUGAAUUGGAUGGAACCACUGGAGUACAAGAAUAACUAUACAUAUCGGGUCCAGACUAGAGGCUGUGGCUACCAAAACAAUUCGCUCACGGAAGACUCACAGAUCACAGUCUCAGAGCUCACCCCCGGGAGCAACUGCACCUUCUGUGUGUUUGUCAGGGCAGCGAAUGGCAUCGAAGGGGAAGCAAGCUGCACCUCUCAGUACACUAAGCCUGAGAUGGUACAACCCAGUAUCUCCAGCCAGGGCUACAAUAGUUCAGUCCUGGUGUCAUGGACCAAACCUCUUGGGAGAGUGGAGUUUUAUAAGGUUUAUCUAAACAUAAGUUCCACACUUUUUGAGAAGGAUUUGCUGAGCUCUGAGCUGAACGAUACCAUGUGGCUAUUUUCGAACCUGUCCGCUGGAAGGCUUUACUCUGCCAGGGUAAUCACUUAUAGUGGACCCUUCAACGCAUCAUCUGGAUUCGUCACCAAUGCAACUUUUCCUAAUCCUCCCGGGCCAAUUGAGAUCCAGAAAAAGACAAACAGCUCCAUUUCCAUCAGCUGGAAGGAAGCUCCUCUGAUGACCGGUGCAUCAUUCUGCUACCACUUGACUAACACGCCACCGGGUGGCGGAUAUAACAAUAUCACGGACACCAGUCAUACUUUUUUCUCCCUGCUUUCUGGGACUCCCUAUAACAUCUCCGUGGCAACAGUGGGUGUCAUGGGUUUUGAGAGCGAGAAGGUUCAGAUCAUGGUCACCACAAAACCGUUCAGUGUGAAGGAUAUCAGAACUUCUACAAAAGAGGAGAGCAUCACGGUCAUGUGGGGCAAUCCUGACGAAUACAAGGAAAGCUAUAGUUACAGUGUGACCUGGCAAAGCCCUGAUAAGCACGUUACUAACUCAGUACUAAUUAAGGGGACUGAGCAUACAAUCUCUAACCUGGUUCCUGGGAGCCCAUAUGACUUCAGUGUUACCACAGAGACGUCUGAUAAAACAAAGGGGGAACCAAGUUGGAUUUCCAACUGCACAGAUGCAAGCCCAGUGAUAAACUUAGAAUGCCUUGGUCCAAACAAAACAAAUGCAGAACUCAGCCUGUCCUGGACCACUCCCAAUGGCAACUACACUGGCUUCCAGAUCAGUGUAAAUGACAGUAACAUCUACUCUACAAGCUCCUGUUGUAAUAACAUUGUGUCCAACCUUCGUCACUACACUAAGUACAAGCUGGUUUUGAAGACUCUGAGCUGUGGAAAUCCCAGCGCUGCUGUGUCUGAAUUCUGCAUGACAGGCGUUACAAACCCACCUAUUCCAAACGACUUAGAUGCACUGUUGAAGGUGAGUGGAAUGUUAUACAACAGGUUCUCCAUUGAGAUUGACCGCACACAGCUGAACAGCACAAAUGGGCCAAUCACAAAUAUUGGAGUUCUGGUGACAGAUGACAACGAGGUGAACACUUCUGAUUUGACAACGUACUUGGGGUACAAUUAUGAGCAGUGGAAGGCAAAGAAAACUUCAGUGUACCUGUCAACAAUCACAGACACCAACUUCCAGACACGCAGUGGAGAGGGUACCGUCAGCAUACACAUAGGAGAUGAAUCCAAAUGGCACGGCUACACCAAUGGCCCUCUGGACACUGGAAAAUACAGAUUUGCUAUUGUGUUGUUUACAAGUCUGAUUCUGAAUGACAAAGACGUCAAUAUUCAAGAGUCAGUGUUCUCAAUAACACACGUGUACAAUGUUGUACUGCCAACUAACCCAGCCGUUGUCACUGGCAUUGCUGUCGGAACAACAUUGGGAAUUUUUUGCGUUCUCUUCAUCAUCCUCAUCGGCUUCAUUAUCUACUGGAAAAGGUUGUCCCAAAAAGAAUCAUCAGACAUCGAGAUUCAUGCCAUGAGAGCCAAAGUAAGUGUGGCUGUGAGGGUGGAGGACUACGAGGCGUACUACAGGAAGCAGAAAGCAGACUCCAACUGUGGCUUUGCUGAAGAGUUUGAGGACCUGAAGCCUGUUGGUACAGGCCAGUCGAAAACAAAUGCUCUGACUGCGGAUAACAAGCCCAAGAACCGCUACAACAACGUGCUUCCCUAUGACUCUUCUAGGGUGAAACUCUCUAUAAUCCAUGGGAGUCCAUAUGACGACUACAUCAAUGCUAAUUACAUGUCGGGUUACAACUCCAGGAAAGAGUUUAUUGCAGCUCAGGGUCCUUUGCCCACCACAGUCAACGAGUUCUGGAGGAUGAUCUGGGAGAAGAAUGUACAGACUCUGGUCAUGCUGACACGCUGUAAUGAACAGGGACGAGUAAAAUGUGAGAAAUACUGGGAUUCUGGCACCAAGCAUUAUGAAAACAUCACUGUGACAACAACCUCUGAAAUACCACUUGAAGACUGGACCAUUAGGGACUUUGACAUUAAAAAUGUGAAAACAGCAGAGACCCGCGCGGUGCGCCACUUCCACUUCACAGCCUGGCCAGAUCACGGGGUACCAGAGACCACCGAGCUUCUCAUCAGCUUCAGACAUUUGGUCAGAGAGCACAUGGACCAGUACUCCAGGCACUCCCCUACUGUGGUCCACUGCAGUGCUGGUGUUGGGCGCACAGGUACCUUCAUAGCCAUUGACCGAUUGAUCUUCCAGAUUGAAAGGGAAAAUAUUGUGGACGUGUAUGGCAUCGUUCAUGAUCUGCGCAUGCACAGGCCCCUCAUGGUGCAGACGGAGGAUCAGUAUGUGUUCUUAAACCAGUGUGCCAUGGACAUCAUCAGAUCAAGAACUGGAACCAAUGUGGAUCUAAUCUACCAAAACACUGCUGCACUCUCUAUUUACGAGAAUGUUCAACCAAAGAAAGAUUCUCCCAAAAGCGGGUACCGUGCAUAGGCCUGAGGUCCUCUUCUCUUUAUUCUUAGAAAGAAACUGAGCAGACAUUUGUAAAGGGAACGCCUUUAACAGAUUGUGCUGUAUUUAUUUUUUAUACCUGUCACACUUCUGUUAAGGAACCUUGUAGCUUUUUUCUGGAUUUAAACCUCUAUUUUGUGGUAUUUAUUUGUUAGAAAUGUUGAAUGGUUGAUGAAGGAAGGGAAUGUAUGUGGAGAUACAAUAGUAGACAUAAUCAAUGACCAAAAAAUAUUUGGAUUUUAGAUUUAUAUGUAAACUUAAACUUGGAUUCUCCCUUAUUAAUGCAGGUUUUUUUUUUUAUUGCUCAGCUGUUUGUUGCUUGUUUACUACUGUAUAUGACUAACUGAUGAUUAUAUGUUUUGCUCAGGUAAUAUGUUGGAUGCUGUAUAUGUAUUAUUACAGACACUUUGAUCAAAGAAAAGUUUGUAAUUAAUUGAACCUUUGGAAUUGCCUUGUACACAAAAAAAUUGCUGGUAUGAAUACUGUGUGCCUUAUCAAAACCUGUAUGCUUUAGUACCAAUAGGUGGCACUCCUGUACAGAAACAAGAAAUGUUAUAGUACCUUGUUGUUGGAACCUUAAGAUUACGUUUCUUAAAUAUAUCAUAUUUUAUUGAAGCUUUUCAGAUCAUCCAGCCAAUUAUUUUUGCACCUCUUAGGACAAUUUGAACUGUGCAAUGUCUUUUGAAUGAAGGAGUUUUGUUUUGUUUGUUGUCAAGAUGUUUGUAUUCGUAUGCACUGUAGUGAAUAAUGCACUGGAUGCAUUGGUCUUUCUACACUGUCCACUUUUUUAAACUAUAGAGAUGGUUUUUUUUUUAAUUAUAAUUAUAAUUACAUUUUGGCCAGUGCUUUGUGAUACUGAGACAUUUUGCUAUUCACUGCUAUUCAUUGUUACUUAGAUUCUUCAUUUUAAGAUUAAAGAAAUGGGUCACAAACAAACUCUCAGGAACUCUAACAAUGAAAGCUGAACCUUUUUACUGGAAGGUAUGGUGUUAGGAAACCUCAUACUGCACCAGUGUGUGCUUUGAUGAACUCGGAGGUUACAUCCAUUGUUUUUUGUUUUGUUUAUGUCCUUCUUCUUUGCAUUGUACAUUCCUCAAAGAAACAGCAAUGUUAUGUCACUUCCUGCUGCCUAUCUGGUCUAUCUAUGGACAUUCCCUGUGAUGUUAAAAUCACCAGAGGAGCACAAGCUUUAUUUUUCAGCUUCAAAAAGGGCACAGUCUUCCAUGAGGCAGGUACUUUUUCUCAAGAUAAUUGACGUUUGUGGUUAGCCUAUGGAUAUUUUUUAAGUCCAUGUUUUAUGUUUAUUGAAUUAUGCUGUACCUAAUGAUUGAAAAGCACUUAUGUUGUUGUCACAAAGUUUUAGGAUGUUGUUGCUUUAUGAGAUGCUUGCUGGUACAAUGCAAUAAUGUAAAAGAAGCAAAGAGCAUUUAAUAUUUGCAUACCCUUCGAUCUGUAAAACAAAAUGGGAUUAAAAGACGUUAUCACAUUUUACCCCA